AUGGGCUCCUUUCGCGUUGUGGAACACAAGCUGCCAUGUCAAUAUAUCCGAGAGUACCCUCAAGCUCUGGCCGGUGAGCAGGAAGACACCCUCUACCUAGCCGUCAAACAAUACAUCCCAGCAGAUAACACGUCUCCCCAUCCAAAUGACCUCACCAUUAUUGCUGCUCAUGCCAACUCCUUUCCAAAAGAAUUGUACGAGCCGUUGUGGGAGGACUUGUUGGUUAGAUCGAGGAAUCUGAAUUUCAGGAUCCGCGGCAUAUGGAUUGCCGACGUUGCCAAUCAAGGUGCAAGUGGAGUGCUGAACGAGGCUCGCUUGGGGAACGAUCCGAGCUUAGCAGAUUUCUCUCGAGAUCUCUUGUACUUGAUCAACCUCAAACGAGAUGAGAUGCCUAGACCUAUUAUUGGUAUAGGUCAUAGUAUGGGCGGCCAGAAUCUAAUCGGUACUGCACUGAUGCAUCCUCGUCUGUUCACCGGUCUGAUUCUGCUGGAUCCUGUACUUCAAGAGAAGUGGAUGGAAAAUCGUGCCGGUGUAGCGGAUCUUCGCCCCGUCCAGCUUGCCACUUUUCGUCGAAACUCCUGGCCGUCACGAGAAGCUGCUAUUGCAGAAUGCAAGAGAUCGCCCUUCUACAAGUCUUGGGAUCCUAGGGCCCUGGAUCUUUGGUGCAAGUACGGUCUUCGAGAGCUCAACGUAACAUCUGACGAUACUGCGUCAUCACCGAAUCGUCCUGUAGUUCUCACUACUACACCGUCUCAGGAAUCUUUCACAUUUCUACGUCCGAAUUUCAACGGCUAUGGAACACAUAAGAAACCCACCGACCGCAAGACCCAUGCAGACUUGGACCCGAAAUGGCCUCACAUCUACCCAUUCUACCGACCUGAAGUGCAUGCAACAUUCCAGCGACUCCCGGAAUUAAGACCUCCAGUUUUGUAUGUCUUUGGAAGUUCGUCGCACAUUUCCAGUGCGGAGCAAAACACGAAAAAACUCGCCGUUACUGGAAUAGGCGUUGGAGGAAGCGGGGGCCCACCAGAAGGCCGUGUCAAGGGUAUCACGCUCGAGGGAGUGGGCCACAUGAUACCUAUGGAAGCCGUCACACGAUCAGCUGAGAUUAUUGGUGGCUGGAUUGACCAGGAACUUUCAAUCUGGAGAGCAGAGGAAAUACGCUUUCGAGAAAUGUGGAGCAAGAAAUCAUUGGCGGAGAAACAAAAUGUUGAUGAAGAAUGGAUGAAGAUGGUUGGAGGGCCACCGAGGAAAGACCGCAAACGAACAGGAGGAACCAAGAUCUAA